UCAUUCCGAAGAGCCCUCUGAAGCUCUCCAGCAGGUUGGCCUAGGACUAGGACCGUUGGCGCAACAGAUGCUGUGGCGGGCCUGAACCACACAGGAAUCUGAGGGUGGACCAAUGGAGUCCUGCAAGAGCAGGAAUUUGGAGACUACAGUAAAGAGAGUCUAUCGUGAUCUGCUUAUUCCAAAGAUAAAUACAAGCAAGAAAAUGUCCACCUUGACAAACUCACCCAACAGCCUGGAAGUGUCCCCCGAAAUUAAGAAGAGUUUUGGAGAAAAACAAACAGAAAUCCCAACUGAGAGAGUAAAACUCACAAAGAGCAUCAAGGAAAAGCAAAGCAAUGAGUCCGAGAAAGUGGUCCUGAAACGGAAGGCUGAGGGGGAAGAGAAACUGGCUGGGAAGAAAGAGGCUAAGAUAAUGGAACUUGACAAUCAGCUAAUCACCACCAUUCCUCUGCCUCACAUCCCCUUAAAGAACAUAAUGGAUGUGGAAAUGAAGCUGGUCUAUGUUGAUGAAGAGGAUGUGAGCUAUGAAUUUGCCCAGCCCUACACAUUCACUGGGCUUCAAGCAACAGGCCAAACCACUACCAUGAUGCCACCUGCAAGCGCACGGGACCUCACCACCCUGCCACAGAUUGACAAAUGGCUUCAGGUAGCUUUAAAAGAUGCCAGCUCUUGCUAUAGACAGAAGAAAUAUGCGGUGGCAGCAGGACAGUUCAGAACAGCCCUUGAGCUCUGCAGCAAAGGGGCCGCUCUAGGGAAACCCUUUGAAGCACAUGCCGAAGAUAUAGCAAGCGUGGCAAGCUUCAUUGAGACCAAGCUCGUCACAUGCUACCUACGCAUGAGGAAGCCUGACCUUGCCCUGAACCACGCACACAGGAGUAUUGUUUUAAACCCAGCCUAUUUCCGAAACCAUCUUCGUCAGGCAGCCGUGUUUAGAUGUCUGGAGAGAUACUCAGAAGCCGCCCGGAGUGCCAUGAUUGCUGACUACAUGUUCUGGCUCUGUGGAGGAAGCGAACACUGUGUAAGCAAGCUCAUCAAACUGUAUUGGCAGGCCAUGAUUGAAGAAGCCAUCACCAGAGCCGAAGCUUUCUCAGUUAUGUACACACCCUUUGCAACAAAAAUAAGGGCUGAUAAAAUAGAAAAAGUGAAAGAGGUGUUCAUCAGAACUCACCCUGCAUAUGUGGACUGUAUCUACACAGACACCCAAGGGCUCCACGUGCUGCCUCAGACGGCCGACUGGUCAUCUUUCCCUCCUCAGCAGUAUCUGUUGACGCUUGGGUUCAAAAACAAAGAAGAUGGGAAGUUUUUGGAAAAGGUGUCAAGCAGGAAGCUGCCCACUUUCACAGAACAUAAAACUCCCUUCUCUCUGCUGACCAGAGAAGACACAGUGAGGCUGAUGGAGACGGUGGGGAAGCGAAUCCUGCCAAUCCUGGACUUCAUCCGAAGCACACAACUGAAUGGGGAUUUCCACGCCUGCUCAGGUGUGAUGGAGAAGCUGCACUAUGCCAGCCUCCUCAGCCGGCUGCAGAGAGUGAAGGAGCAGGCCCAGGUGAUCAAUCAAGCCAUGGCAGAGCUGGCAACCGUCCCUUAUCUCCAGGACAUCAGUCAACAGGAGGCAGAACUGCUGCAGUCGCUAAUGGCAGACGCCAUGGACACCCUUGAAGGAAGACAGAGUGACAAAGAACGUGUAUGGAAUACAAUCCAAAAGGUCGGACGAAUUGAAGACUUUCUGUACCAACUAGAAGACAACUUCUUAAAAACUAAGAAACUGAGAACUGCUCGGAGGCAGAAAACGAAACUGAAGAGGCUUCAAACUGUGCAGCAAAACUAGACACUAGGGAGCAGGCUGACCAAGGCGUCCUGAAGCUGAGGUGAACAGCAUCUGGUAACAAAGGCUGUCACCACAGCAAACCCUUGCCAAAGAUAGUCUAUACUUCUUUCAUUUCAACUGGUAGCAAUAAAUGUUCUCAACGUGCUUGACUUGA